AUGUACAAGCAUAGAUAUUGGCUCCCUUUAAUAAUCUGUGCGGCCCUGAGCCGCGGAACAUCGGCAGCCUUCGAUUUCGUAAAUAUUUCAAGAAUUGUUGGAGGGCAACCAGCCCAUGCGUUCCAGGCUCCUUUUAUGGUUUCCCUGCAGCAGGAGGGAACUCAUGUCUGUGGCGGCUCCAUAUUGACUGAGCGUUGGAUUCUAACGGCUGCCCACUGCGUUAAGCACAAAGAUAUUACCAUAUUGGCUGGUACGCCUAAUCUGUCAAUUAAAAGUGGCGCCAAGGUGUUUAACGUACAGCGUGUCGUUGUGCAUUGCAACUAUAAUUAUCCGCAAUAUGCCAACGACAUAGCACUGAUUUUUACAAAGGAGGUCAUGAAAUAUAGCCUUCGAAUUCGUCCAAUUCCUUUCAUUGCUGAUUUUGUGCCCGAUGGAGCCUCGUUGAAGCUUACUGGUUGGGGGGCUCUGGACUACAAUCCCUACGCGGAUUUUCCAACAGCUCCUACAAAACUCCAAAGCCUGUCGUUCAGAAGUGUGCCUUACCAUAAAUGCAACCACCUUUGGAAAGACGCUGACGGUGUGGAUAUUGGCAAUAUAUGUGCCUUCAACCGCUUGGGUAAAGGUGCUUGUCACGGUGAUUCGGGCGGUCCAUUAGUCUACAAUGGCAAUUUGGUUGGCGUGGCCAGCUUUGUGAUGCCCUGCGCCACAGGAGUUCCGGAUGUGUUCGCAAGCGUUGGCUAUCACUACGAUUUCAUUAGGACGACGAUAAAUAGUUGCAAGUACAAAUCAUUCAAAACCAUAGCUGCGCAAAAGUUGAAACGCUUACAAAAUUAUCAGAAGAAGAAGCAGAUGGAAAACAAAGAUCGAAAAGCUAAGCGCACAUCUACGAAGAAUUUAGUGAGGCGUCGUCACAGACAGCGACAUUAAGUGUUAAAUAAUAUUGAAGAGAAAAUAAAAAUAAAUAGUUAUAACUUAUAUUA